AUGGCUGCUGCAGCUCUCGAGAGGAUGAGUGGGACCGCGCAAGCGAAGCUACUGCCUGGGCGGAGUAUCCAGGCCCUUGGAGGGCUGGCGCGACUGCUGGUCUUGGCUGUCCUGCUUUCGUCCAGUGCUCUAUCACUACCUGAUCCACGGAACCAAGUUGUACCCAACCCAGAUGUUUCUGCUAUAGAUGUGAAUGGUUUAACACAGGGAAACCAAACCGAGGCUUCUGUUUCCCAGAUCAGCACUACUGUCCCUUUGAUAACAACGAGUACAGAGAAAAGUGGAGGAGCGUUGGUGGUCCCUAGUCUCUCACCUGCUGCGCUGCUCCAGGAUGUGCCUGAUGACAAUGAAGAUCCUAACGUCGAUGAGGAAGACGAUGAGGAGGUUCUUUUCUCUCUGAAUAGUUCCCCAGCCACCGCCAAAGACAUUCAGGACAAUGGAGACUAUGGAGAUUAUGAGUGGACCAUCCGCCCCAGAGGCCAUGAGCCUCAGGAAACCUUGGAAAAAGACAGGGAUUACAUGAGAAUUGAACAGGCACUAAAAUCUCUCAAGACCCCAUCCUCAAAUAUAGUACAGGACGACAGCCAUUUCUUUUUUCAUCUUAUUAUUUUUGGUAUUUGUAUUGCUAUUCUUUAUAUUACAUACCACAACAAA